GAAAGAUGGAGGGAACUAAGAUGGGAAAUGCCAAGAAAGCACUGCAGCUGUUCCUAAGGAGUUUACCAGCUGAUUGUUUCUUUAAUGUCAUAUGCUAUGCCGCUAAGGUCAACUCUCUAUUUAGAAACAGUAAUAAAUACACAGAGAAAACACUGAAAGAAGCAUUCAUAUUCUUGGAAAAGAUGAAAACUGACAUCACCAACAAUGCAGACAUAUUCAAAGCUUUAGACCACAUAUAUGGUAAAAAACCUAUAUCCGGUCAUCCCAGAAAGGUGUUCUUGUUAACAGAUGGAAAGAAGGAAUAUAAUGCCAAAAUAACAAGUCAGGUCACAGACCUUGUAAAGAAACAAACACAGAAAACAAAUACAAGGAUUUUCAUCCUGGCCAUGGACUAUGGCUAUUCAACUGUUUUGUUUAAAGAUGUUGCACAUAUCGGCUUUGGUAGAGCAGAGUUUAUUAAGGACAAUGAGCGUGUACAAACAAAGGCUAUAGCACUACUUAAGUAUUCUAUGCAACCAGCUAUUACAAAUGUUGAAGUCAAGUGGGAUAUACCAUCGGGUUUGUCUGUAGAUCUCAUUCCUGAGAAACCUCAAAAUGUGAUUUCUGCUGGAGAGAGGCUGGUAAUAUUUGCUGCUAUACAGGGAGUUAAGGAAAAUACUACUAAUGCUCCCUGCACAGUGACCUUGAAAGGUGUACAGGAUGGGAAAGCUUUGACUCGCAGCAUGACCUUUGACAUUCUUAAAUCAGAUGAUGUCACUGUAUCUGCUGCAGUUCAUCACCUAGCAACCAAAGCUCAGAUAAAGCUUCUGGAAGAUCAGGAAGAGGAAUUUGUAGCUUUCCAUAAUCCAGAAAUACUACAAUGGGUUGAGUUUUGUUCCGACAUUAGUUCUCUACGACAAAAGAUAAAGAGUUUUAGUUGCCAUAGUAACAUCAUCUCAAAAUACACUUUUUAUUCUGCAUUGAAUGGCAAGGGAGAAAAUGUUGUUAAGGAUCCUGGUCUCAAGUUUUCUAAAGUACCUACCCUGACAGAUAUAUUCAUUUGUGAACUAAAAGUGAAAUUGGAUAUGUACUACAAAGCAAAUUUGAAAUCAUUUGGUUUAGUUGAACAAUUUGGUGGGGAUGACAAGGAUGAGGAGGAGGAGGAGGAGAUUUUAGCUGGAAAAUUUGCAGGAAGAAAGGAGGAGAGGAGACCAGCACACAAAUUCAAAGAACAACAGGAGGAGGAGGAGGAGGAGGAGAGAUCACCACAAAGAAAACUAAAAAAGAACUUGUUUUGUAAAAAAUUAAAAAAUCAGUCUUCCUUGGCUGCAUGUGUAUCAGAUAACUCUGGCGGGGCUGUUCUUGUAAUGGAUGAUGAUCAGAUGAUGACAGUGUUAUCUCUACAGCAGUUUCAAGGACAGUGGAUAAUAUCUGCUGAGCUCUUACAACUAGUUGGUAUUGUACAAGAGGAUGUGGAAAAAAUGGACAUUUCUAAGGAUUUAAGUGUUGUAUGUACAGCUAUUGUACUAGGAUGGCUAAUGGAGAUGUACCCACACAGGCAAGAUGAAUGGCAGAUGAUAGAAACUAAAGCAUUGUCCUGGAUGUCAUCUCAGAGUCAGAUAACACCAGUAGAGGAGGUCAUUCAACAAACAACACAAGCUUUUUGGACUCACUGAUCCCUUUGUUAUAUGAACGUUUUGAAAUAGUGCAAGUCUAUCAAUUACUACUAUUGCAUUUUCUUAUUUGAAUAAGAUGUUAUAAUAUCUAAUUGAUGGACAAAAUCUUUCUGGCGGUUUAAGCUGUUGCAAAUACUUCUGUAUGCUUAUUUUAGUAGAGUAUUGUACACAUUCCAUUGUGUUAUAGUAGCUAUUGAAUAUUUAAAUGAGUGAUUUAUGUAUAGAAUAUAAGUUCCAUCAGCAGAUUUAUUAGUGAAGUGAAGCUUUUGUGUGGGAUGUUCCACUGUAAAGAAUUUGUAUGGUAUGUUCCACUGUAAAGAAUUUGUAUGGUAUGUUCCAUUGUUAAGAAUUUGUGUGGGAUGUUCCACUGUGAAGAAUUUGUGUGGGAUGUUCCACUGUAAAGAAUUUGUGUGGGAUGUUCCAUUGUUAAGAAUUUGUAUGGUAUGUUCCACUGUGAAGAAUUAGUGUGGUAUGGACCACUGUUAGAAUUUUUUUGUGGGAUGUUCCACUGUGAGAAUUGUUUGUUGUAUGUUCCACUGUGAAGAAUUUGUGUGGGAUGUUCCAUUGUUAAGAAUUAGUGUGGUAUGGACCACUGUGAGAAUUUUUUUGUGGGAUGUUCCACUGUGAGAAUUGUUGUGGUAUGUUCCACUGUGUAGAAUUUGUAUUAGAUGUUCCAUUAUUAAGAAUUUGUGUGGUACAUGUAUGUACCAUUGUGAGAAUUUUUUGUGCGAUGUUCCACUGUGAGAAUUUUUUGUGGUAUGUUCCACUGUGAAUUAUUUGUAUGGGAUGUUCCAAUGUCCACUGUGUAGAAUUUGUGUGGGAUGUUCCAUUGUGUAGAACUUUUGUGGGAUGUUCCAUUGUGGCUAAUGGCUAAUUGUGUAGGAUGUUAUACUGUGAAGAAUUUGUGUAUGGUGAAUCACUUGUGUAUAACCUUUACAGAAGCAUGCAAUUUCAAUGGUUAAUGAGCUUUAUUGUCUAGAAAUCAUAUUAUAAUCAAAAUAUUAUGCAGGGGAAUAUAUUUGUAUUUUUAGAAGUUUUAAUUUAGAUACAAAUAAAACUGUCUGUGAUAUGUUUGUAUAUGUAUUUUUUGUCAUUUACAAUUGAUUGUGAUAAGUAUUGUGGCUACUUUAACAAUUUUAGGAGCAUAACAGAUUUGUUAAAACUUGUUUUUAAGUACUAUUUUUACAUCUCAAAAAAAAACAUCUGAAGAAAGCAUUACUAUUUUAAUUUGUACUUGUUAUGCUCCCCAAUUUCGGGGGAUCAUAUAGUUGUCGGGUUGUCCGUCCGUCCAUACAAACCCAGAGGUACUUGUGUGACUUGGAGAACAAUGGGUAACAGUAAAUUAUCUUUGAUCCUAUUCAUUAUGUUUUUACUUGUGUGUCUUUUUUCAGCCUUGUGUGACUAAAAAUGGCCAAAAAGAUCAAAAGAAAAGUCACAUAAGUACCAUUUUGUGAGUAGUCCGUCAGUCCGUCCUGAAUUCGUGUCCGGCCCAUAACUUUGUUAUUUGAAAUCGUAUUUUACAACUAUUUCACAGAAAUAAUCACCAUACUGCGACGAAGUGUCAGGCACAACAUUUGGGUUGCUACCUUGAAGGUCAAGGUCACUGCAUGACCUUGCAGCAAAAUCGUGUCUAGUCCAUAACUUCGUUAUUUGAAGUCAGAUUUCACAACUAUUUCAAAGAAAUGAUCACCAUAUCGAGACAAAGUGUCGCAUGCAACAUUUGGGUCGCUACCUUGAAGGUCAAGGUCAAAAGGUCACAGCAUGACCUUGCAGCAAAAUCGUGUCCAGCCCAUAACUUCGUUAUUUGAAGUCAGAUUUUACAACUAUUUCACAGAAAUAAUCACCAUAUUGAGACGACGUAUCAGGCGCAACAUUUGGGUCGCUACCUUGAAGGUCAAGGUCACAGCAUGACUUUGCAGCAAAAUCGUGUCCGGCCUAUAACUUUGUUAUUUGAAGUCAGAUUUUACAACUAUUUCAAAGAAAUGAUCACCAUAUUGAGAUGUGUCGCGGGCAACAUUUUGGUCGCUACCUUGAAGGUCAAAAGGUCACAGCAUGACCUUGCAGCAAAAUCGUGUCCGGCCUAUAACUUCGUUAUUUGAAGUCAGAUUUUACAACUAUUUCUCAGAAAUGAUCACCAUAUUGAGACAAUGUGUCACGCGCAACAUUUUGGUCGCUACUUUGAAGGUCAAGGUCACAGCAUGACCUUGCAGCAAAAUCGUGUCUGGCCCAUAACUUUAUUUGAAGUCGGAUUUUACAACGAUUUCACAGAAAUGAUCACCAUAUUGAGACGAUGUGUCACGCGCAAGUUGGUAGAUAGAUCUCAUUGAGUAGAAGUGCAGUGCAAAGAACAGUAACUCUGCCCUGCCUAAGUUUUGAAUUAUCACACUUUGAACUUUGUCUGGGACAUAACUCUGAAACUACAAAAGAUAUACUUUUCUGUGUCCAAAACCUAGUUGGGGAGCAUCACCCGCUUCAACCGGCUCUUGUUUUUACAUAUUAUGAUUAAGGCUCUCACGUUAACAAUUUUUUUGAAACAUUUACACGAUUGUUAAGAACCGAAACGAUACCGUUUAAACGGCGAUACUUCUAUAUACUAUACUACCAUGUAUUCAAGCAGCCAAAUGAUGACUUACUUUUUAUUUUUAAUAUAAUUACAAAUAAAUAGUUUUCAGGGCUCAUCAGGAUUGAGUCGGAACAAAUUUUCUGCAUUGUAUCCCCAUUUCGCUCUUUUGAGCAUCAAAGGUACGGUAAAUCAACUUUACCAAGAAUGUAUUAUGUCAUGAGCGAUAAUGAUGCUGUGUGGAGGGUUGUAACCACCCAUUUUCAGUUUUUUACUUUGGAAUCAACCAAUAUGAAUUGAUAAAAUCCAUGAUAACGGGCAAUGAUUAAUAUUUUUUGUAAGACAAUAUUGUCAUUUUGAUUAAAGGGUAAAAAAUUUCGUAAACGACUUUACAAAUGAAAAUCGGAACUGAUCCGUUUAAACUUGUAACCGUGGGUUGGGGGCCUUAAUUAAGAAAUAACAUUGGCCUGAGAGGUGUAUAUCGGCUUUUUAACACCAGUUUGGAGUUUUGAUGCAUAGGAAUUGACCACGAGGCAGUAGGCCUGAGUGGUUAAUUUUUUUGCAUCAAAACGACAAAACCGGUGUUAAAUAGCCGAUAUACACCUCUCAGGUCGAUGUUAUUUCGAUUCUAACACGAUAAAAUAAGGGAGAUCACUAAUGUUAUUUUUUCAAGCGGAAAUAACUUCCGGUGCCGAUUUUUGUAUAACACUGUUCAAUUUUCGCACCCUACUGUUGCGAAGAUAUAGAAAUUAUUAAAGAAAAGAAAUAAUAAGAAAAAAACAUUAUUUUAUCAAGUUUUCAACAAUAAAAACUUACGUCGUAUUGUGUUUACACCAGUGCCCCAUUUAUCUUUCUUGUAUGUAUGAAAUAACGUCAGCUUGUUUAUAAAUGAGUUGUUUACUUAGAAUGACGUCAUUACGCUGCUUAUGGAUUGGCGCUGUUUUGUUAAAAUAUUUAUUAACUGAUAUGAAUCAAAUAUGUGGCAUUAGUGUAUGUGAGAUAUUAUUUCGGUAUUGUAUGAAAUGAAAACAUUAUAAGAACUGAAAAUAUUAAUAAAAAUACUUUUUAUUGUUGAUUUAAAAGGCUUUUUAAACUAUAUAAUCGAGGGUGAAAACAUACAGCCGCAUAUACAAGUAGUCCCUAACCAGUGUUUAUUGACAGUUUAACACCGGUUUUUUUCCUUCUUUGUCUAAAGUGACAAAUUCACGUGAGUGUUAGAAUUUUGAUUUUACAUACUGUUCUUGACCUUUUUAACUUCUGAUAACUUUUGUAACUUUUUUAACUUUUGAUUUUAUAGUCAUUUUAGCACUAAAAAAGUCAUUUUAUACAAUUGAUUUAUAUGAUUUUAUGCUGUUACAGCUGGUUGUUUUAAUUUGCCUGAACACUCAAUGCUCAAAAGGGAGUUUUUGUGAUUGCAUAAUGUCUGUUUUUAUUCACCAUGUCUUGAAACACCAGCUAACUACAAAGUGGAUUUUGACCAAACUUCACAGGAAUGAUCUCCUCUUGGUCCUGCAUGAUAAUUAUAUAAAUGCUAGGAGUUUGGUACAAUGUACAUGUAGGUCAUAGAAUCUAAGAAUAAACUUUCAAAUUGAAAUGUUGUUGUUAAAAACCUUAGAUAUAUGGUAGGGUUUUCUACAAAAGUUACAUAAUCAUUCCCCUGUGGUGAAAAUUAGCCCACUUAGUUUACAUAGAGUUACGCAAAAAAUUGAAUUUUGUCAGAAACUACAUGGCCAAUUUUUAGAUAUUUGGCUUGUACUUUUGUAUGAAAGAAAUUAUAACAUGUUAAUAGCAACAUAGCUUAUGUGAGCGAUUUGGGUCAAUAGGGCGCUCUUGUUAUUUAGAAAUGUAUUAUGAGAUUGAAUUGUUUUAUUUUUGUAUACAAUGACAAUAUUUAUUAGCGUAGACAGGGUAAUAUUGACUUUUGUCUCUUACUAAGUUUACUUUUUUCAAGUUAUUUUUACAGUACAUAAUAUUUACUUAUGUUAAAAUUAUUUACAUAAUCUUUCUCUCCAAUGUAGAACAAUCAAAUAUACUUUACAUAAACUU